GACGACAGCGAUGGGCGACGUUUUGGCGAAUAGCGCGCUCGUGGCUUGGUGACUGACGACGGGCUGAUCGAAGAGAUCGAUGACGUUGCGGAAAUUGGCCGCGCGUGACGCAGCGUGACGCGUCGGGAACGUCGUCGGAGAGCUUCCAGAGAUCCAGAGAGACCGCGCCGCCGAUCGACGGAAAUCGGCGAGUCGACGAGAGAGAGAGAGAGAGAGAGGCGAUCCACGGAUCCCCGGACAGCCUGUACCGUCUGUACCACGCUGCGAAUGUUGCGCGUUUCUCGCGGGCGCACCUAACCUACUUCACGGACACGGAGCUCGAGCGAUAACGCGCUCGACGUGUGGGAGGUAUUAUCGAGCGACCUCGCGCGCUAUCGGCGCGAUGAUACGAUGACUUCAUCGCUCGGCGCGCGACGCGGACACUUCCUCGUUCCUUUGUCAGUAUGACAGUAUCGCGUCCGCGACGUUCCCGCGUGCCCCGAACGUAAUCUACGACGUAGGACGCGGGACUUUGGGACGCAACGCGGUUAGUCCCUCACGGCCACGAGGACCAUCUCCGGAGGCAGAUCGACAACUCGACUCCUCCAGAGUUGAUCCUCUCCGGUAAUCUCGACGCGACCGCGAAGAUGCUCCAGCGACGAGAUCGCCGCCGAAGAAGACGUGUCGUUCCCGCCGCCGCGACGUACCGUGUUGAUAGCGCGCAAGAUGAACUCGCUGCUCAAGAUGUCCAUAAUGGGCAACAAGAGGAAUCUGUUGGUCCGCGACUCCCUUCAGAAACAGCUCAACACGAGCGUCAUGGAGAUGCAGAGCGCCCCGGGGGUCGCCGACGACGGCGUUGUCGGCAACUGCGACGAGACCAUGACCCUCUGCUCCAUUCUGGAGGCUAUAUUUCUGCACGGCUUGAAGGACAGUCUGCUGAAUCGCGUCACGGAGGCCCUCAGCGGCCCCGACUUCGACGCUAUGCCCCAGCCGAGCUUCUGGGGCCCGCUCUUGGUGUUUUCGCAUCGUCAGAUUAUAGAUCAGAUACAGGCGUUGAGUCAAGUCACCACGGAGGUCGGCUAUUGUCGAGCGUGGAUACGACUGGCGCUCAACGAGGGCCUGUUAGCUAGCUACUUUUGCGCUAUAAGAAGAGACAAUUCGGCCCUGAAGCCCUACUACAACCGUUCAGCCUACAUCAGGGACGUGGACCUCGUCGAAGUUGCGCAGAGAUUGAUUGAAAACUUGGAUUAUGUACGAUUCGAGCUAGCUUGCAACAGUAGCCUCUUAAACUUUUGGUCCACCACUCCUCUGCUUAUAGCCGGCAUCUGGUCUCCACCGAUGAAAUCUUGUCCCGUAUUUAGCGCUGUAGACAUAGCGAAAACGAUAAACAGCGAAUCGAUCGACAAUUUCGACGAGAUAGAAACUGCAAGUUCCAUCGGUAGUUCCAUCGGAAUAGGAUCCUUCACCUCCUCGCAAUCUGUAUUUAAUAACGUAACGUCUAUCACGGAAGACGAAGCGCUGAGGAUUAUUCUGGCUAAAGAAAGAUCUGAUAACGUUAUCCAACAAUUGCACAACGAUCCUGAGGAGGCUGUAGCGAGUAGCCCGCGAGAGAAUAACGCCGCUCUACGAUUAUACAGCAGUUCUGCAGAUAUUGUAACAAAAAACCUAGAAGACGAGCAAGUGGUCAGGGAAAUACAAAAGAUGUCAAAUGGCAAUGCAGAAAAUAAUACAGAUAAUAUUGUCGCUGAAAUAGAAGAUCCGCCGUUACAAGAUGAUCCGAAGGCCAAUGAGAUCGUUAACGAUGCUACCACGGCUACUGUGGGAAAUUCAUUAAUAGGAAAGUUGGGAUGGUCAACGUCGUUCGAAGAUUGCCAAUCUUCUUUAACUUCAUCUGUGAUAUCACAUGGAUCAGGCGUGGAUGCACCUCGUACACCCGGCGAUGGUCCUACGUACGAUGCCCUCAUUCAAAGUUAUCAAAUUGCUGGAAAUAGUACGGUACCUGAUCUGCAAGAAUUUCUAAAAAAAUAUCCAAAGAAAGAAACUACUGAAGGAGGCUCCAAGGCUCAGCCUGAGCCAAAGGCUGUGGUGAAUUUCGACGAGCAGCUAGGUAGUAUUCCAAGGGAAAAAGGUUUAGAUGUGCAAAAUUACAGUUGUCUCGAUUGCAGUCAUGCGAUUGGUAUGACUUUUUCUAAAGCGCAUGUGUGUGCAUACUCUGGCGAUUACUACUGUUCAAAGUGCAUGGCAGAAGGGCAAUAUCUCAUACCAUCGCGUAUGAUUCACAACUGGGAUUUGAAACAAUACUCCGUUAGUCGAAAAGCCGCUUCGUAUCUGGAAGGCAAGCCAGCCCUGAUGGAUCUAAAGAUCUUAAAUCCAAGGAUUUACAUGGCCGUAGAUACUAUGGCACAAUUGCAGUCGUUACGAAUUCAGUUGAAUUUGUUGAGAGCAUAUCUAUUCACGUGUCGCGAACCCAUUAUUGAAUCCCUGCAGAAAAAGGUCUCUCCGAGGGAUUAUUUGUACGAACAUGUUCAUCAAUAUUCCGUUUCCGACCUUCUCGAUAUUCCUAAUGGAAUCCUCGCGCAGCAACUUCAAAAAGUCGUCGAAUUCGCGAGGAAUCAUGUAAUAAAUUGUUGGCUCUGUAGUCAGAAAGGCUUCAUAUGUGAAGUGUGUAACGAUACAAAAGUCAUUUAUCCCUUUGACAUGGAAUCUACGUUUCGAUGUGGAACUUGCAACGCCGUAUUUCAUGCAAAUUGUUUAAACGCCAAUAAACCGUGUCCAAAGUGCGAACGUAGACGCAAACGAAUGGAUAUGCCUCUUUUGGAUAUGGGAUGUACAGAUCUACCGAAUAGCGUAUCAUCGUCUCCGAUUCAUAUGAAUUAAUAAUAUAUCUUAUCAUAUAAUUGUUACUUCUCUGAUGACAAUAUUUUAUCACGGUUUAAUUUAUGCAGUAUUGUUUUUGAUAAAUUGUAUUUCGAAAAAAAUUAACUUUGUCACAAGAAGUCGCAAUCUUGUUUUCUUCAAACAUCUCGACGAAACGAAUCUCGACGUUUGAUUCUCUACUGUAAAUAUCUGCAUCAUGCUACUUAUACAAAUGUAUGAAAGUGUAUCAUAUUUUCUGUCAGUUCUUCGAACAAUAUAUUGUUACAGACAUAUAUAUAUAUAUAUUAUUCUGAUACGAUUGAAAAAUAUUUAUAUCUUACAGGACUGGCAAUGUUCCAUACAUGUGCAAAACACAUAUAAUAGAGACAUUUAUUAUAAUUCUAUGUACAAAAGUAGUAAAAUAUAUGGAAUCAUUUUUAUUU